UCCGGCCCGAAAAAGCCCCCGGGCGGCGAGCCCGCGCCCGCGGCGCUCGCGGGGGCAGCCUGGCGCCCGCCAUGCCCCGCAAGAAGGAGAAGGCGAAGAAGGCGGAGGUGGACGGCGGGCAGGAGAAGGGCGACGACGUGGAGCUACUCGGCGGCGACGACGACGCCGAGGGAGAAGGAGGUGAGCUGCGAAUCUCCGAGAAGUUCGCAAAGAAGUUCAAUGCCCGCAAGGACAAGGAAGAGCUCGCCCGGGCGAAGCGCAUCCUGGCCGAGGAGGGGGACCGCUCCAGCCACACCUCGGACUCGGACGCCGAAGACGACGAGGCAGAGCGUUCGGCGGCGACGCGGAUCAUGAGGGAGGGCGCCAAUCACUGGUGUAGUUUUCGACGUUCACGGCC